CACACAAGAUUACUGCGCUGUUUAGCUUCCAGAAGCAAUAAGCUAUCACCAACAGUCCUGUCUCCACACAGACUUCACCUGCAGUUUGUUUAUCAGACAAGACAGUUCUGGGGCGUUGACGUUGCCUUUAAUAAAGUUGAUGAAGAGCGGGUGAAACUUGCCGGUCCUGACAGGGCAGCAGCAGAGUGGGUGUUAAGAAAUGGCGGAGCUAUUAAGUGGACUACAUCAACCAAGAAACUUGCAGACUACAACAUGCUACCCAGUACAGAUUUCGAACAUUACAAGUUGGAAGAGAUUGAUCUCACAGCUACUGACGUGAUUGGGCUCGGUUUUGCACAUCUGAAAGACUUGAAACAUCUGAAGAAGGUUGUAAUGCAUGGAGUCAGGUCAGCGGGAGAUGAUGCUCUAGCUUACCUUCAUCAUGUCCAGGACACGCUAGAACACCUGGAGAUAAGCCGCUGCCCUAUGAUUACAGAAAAGGGAUUAUUGAAACACCUGUCGGAGAUGAAAAAGCUCCGGCACCUAGUGAUCUAUGAUCUGAUUGAGAUCAGAAAUCUUCAGGCUGUUGUUGAUUCUCUCCAGAAGGCUAUGCCUUGGUGCACCAUCGAUACCACAAACCCCUGGCUAACAAAACCAGCGGAUGACGUCCCUGAUUCUCAGAAAAAUUAA